ACUGCAUGCAGCGAACUAGCCCGCGUCGCAUCAGCUGUUGUCGCUUUUGUAAUUCGAAACUGUCAAAAUAAAAAUUGUUUGUGUCUGGUCAGCAGUCUUCAUCGCAUUGUGAAUUUUUGUGAAGAAAAAAUUGUAUAAUAUCGGAAGAGCAUUAAAUAUUCCAACAAUUUAGCUAGCGGAAAGUAGAAUGUCACAUUGCUAAACAGGUAACAAUCAUGGCCCAACGAUUGCGUGAGGAAAGUUUUUCAACGCCCGGCCAGCAGAGGAAACUUCGCUUCCGCGGUGAUCUGGCGUUGCAAUAUGGCUUUGCGGGAAUGGAAGGAACGGCCCCAAAUACUUCUGGCGCUGGCCUGAAUCGAGUUGAAGAUAUCGUAUUCCAGGAUGAAGUUGAUACCCGCCGGAAUGCUACACGGAACGGAGAAAUAGGUGACGGUAAAGAUAAUUCGAGCCACAACAGUUUGUAUGAUUUCAUCCGGAUUGAGUUGACCCGUGGCUACGUUCUGGAACACGAUGAGGAACGCUACUCGGCCAGACGUGAGAAAAUUUAUUCGUUCAUGAAGAUUCCCCGAGAGCUGGAAAGUUUUAUGGCCUAUGGAGUGCUUCAAUGCGCCGAUUCGUUUCUGUACAUGUACACUUUCCUUCCAUUGAGGUUUGUCCUGGCCCUGUGGGCUUUGAUGACCAGACCUGUGGCCAAGUGUUUGGGCUUGAGGCGCCCUAGUCAGCGAUUGUUGGCUCCAGCGGAGAUUUGUGACUUACUGAAGGGAUUAAUUUGGAUUAUUUGUAGUUGGGUGAUGUUCUACGUAGACACAAAUAUGCUGUACCAUCUGAUAAAAAGCCAAUCAAUCAUAAAACUGUACAUAUUCUAUAAUAUGCUGGAGGUCGGUGAUAGACUUUUGUCUGCUUUCGGACAGGAUACAAUCGACGCUUUAUUUUGGACUGCCACAGAACCAAAGGACAGCAAGAAGCAGCAUCUUGGAACGAUACCGCACUUUCUGUUUGCUCUCAUCUAUGUUACGAUUCACAGUGCCUUGGUGAUGUUCCAGGCCACGUCGUUGAAUGUGGCAAUCAACUCGAACAACAAAGGACUGUUGACGAUUAUGAUGUCUAAUAACUUUGUGGAGUUAAAGGGCAGUGUGUUCAAGAAAUUUGACAAAAACAACCUUUUCCAGUUAAGUUGCAGUGACGUUCGAGAGCGGUUUCAUCUUACAAUACUCAUGCUGAUUGUACUGAUUCAAACCAUGAAAGAGUUCAGUUGGAAAUCGGAACAAUUUUUUGUAAUGAUUCCAGACUGCAUCUAUGUGAUGCUGACUGAAAUUUUCGUCGACUGGAUUAAGCACGCAUUCAUCACACGGUUCAACGAGAUUCCGGUGGAUGUUUAUCGAGAGUACACGACAAGUUUGGCUUAUGACAUGACCCAAACUCGUCAGAAACAUGCCUUUUCGGACCAUUCGGAUCUGGUUGCUCGGCGAAUGGGCUUCAUCCCUUUCCCAUUGGGAGUAAUCCUUGUGAAAGCCCUAUACCACGCUCUCUCCUUCGAGAAUGCGGCUUCUGUUGCCCUGUUCAUCAUAGCAUAUUUGGUUCUCCUUUCGUGCCGAGUAUUGAACACAGUUUGCACCCUGGGCAAGGCAUGCGAUCUUAUGCAAAAACACCAGGAUGAAAAGAAUCAAAUUUCUCAAAACAGUAAUGGCCAUUCUACAUCAACGCCUAUUCAACAAGCCCGCAGUGCCAGUAAAAUAACGACAGAUAUCGCUACCUCUCCAAUCCAUCAUCCAAACCAUCUGCUACAGCGAUCACAAACCAUGGAAUCCGUGCCGCACUCAACACCUUUGAUUAAAAUUUCCGAACAACAAUCAGACAGCGUAAUUCGUGAAACUUCCUCUCUAGGUGCUACUGCGCUUUUUUCCAACAGUGACGUUGAUUUGGACGACGUAAAACUAAACGACAAAGUUCUCAACCAGUGUUCGGAUACGGAGGAUCUGUCCCGCAAAGAGGACGAAAAUCUUGCCCGGAGUGUCCCUGAUCUGCAGCAGGAAUCGUUGGCGGCCGGCUGUAGUCCGGCGGGCGAUUGCUCAUCUGGGGAAGGCGAUAGUUUUUCGUCGUUCCAGGGAAUGCACCAUCGGACGCACAAACGAUCCGAAUCGGAACCGUCGAUACAGCUGGACCCAGACCUCAGAGCGGGCACUUGAGACCGGCAGGUUCCCCGGGGAUAGUCACAACCGUCUGAUGGCACCAAAGCAAAGGCUGGCUUAUAGACAAGCUUUACACCAUUCUGCUGGAUCUUAAUAUAGGGACUUAUUGGAAAUUUAACUAUCGUGCUGUUUCAAUUCUGCCUUGGUCAGUAGAAUUAUAUUUGUUAGAAGCAUUUAGCUUUAAGGAGUGGUUUUUAUUUUGUUUUUGCAAUAUUUUGUAAAUAACACAUUUUUGAACGUUUCGCUUGCGGAAUGCUAUUAAGAAA